GAACGAACUCUCACCCUCAUCGUGGUGAGAUGAGAUGUUGGUUCCUGUUGAUGCUGGGGUCUGGUUGUUUACACUGCAGAAUGAAAAUACGCUAAAGUCAAAUACAUGCAAUAUUCUGGCUAAAGUGAUGCAGCUUUGUUAUGCCGUUCGGUGUAUUUUAAUUAUGCUGUCUUACCGCACCUUACCGAUAUUUGGUUUCAAAUGAGCUGGCCAUGGAGAAACGAUGAGGGCCUAAGCAGGAAAAGAGAGGGGAAGUGUCAAAUCGGACGAGAUGAACUGAGCAAAUAACAGGUAUGUCAUCCCAGCCUCAGGCAUUUUCCUCCCCGUCAGUGUCAUCUAGUGGCUACAGCCGCUCCAAGCGGAUGAAGGUGGAGACCUGUGGAUGGGAUGUAAACACCCAGUCAGCAGAGAACAGCUUCUAUCUGCAGAGCCCAAGCCAAGCUAACACAUCCUCCUCAAGCCCAGCUGCCUCCGACUUCAAUUCCAGCAACUACAACCGCCAGAAUCUAACCGCCUCCAACCUGGUCUUCCCACUAACGGCGGGGAGUGGCACCUCCCGGGAGCAGGCGGUGGUCCGCGCAGCAGACAGCACAGGCAGUCUUCCCGGGGGUCCCUCCUCAUCCUCAUCCUCAUCUUCCUCGUCGUCCGCGAGCCAUCAUACCAAAGAUGUGGCCUCUUCUACCAACCGGCAGGGCGAGGCUGGCUACCAAAAGCCGUACAGCCGCAAGCGCAAGAGCGAAGAGGUGGACAGCAGUGACAGUGUGCAGAUCCUGGAGGAGCUCUCAGCUCCGGUGCUCUCCAACCGUGUGGCUGGCGGGGCAGGCGCGGCAGGAGGAGGCACCACCACAGCCCAGUCCAUUGCCCACUCCACCUCCACCACCAAGAGCAGCAACUCCCACAGCGAGGGGGACUACCAGCUAGUCCAACAUGAAAUCCUCUGCUCAGUGUCCAACAGUUACGAGGUGCUCGAGUUUCUCGGCCGAGGCACAUUUGGGCAGGUGGCAAAGUGCUGGAAACGUGGCACCAAUGAGAUUGUGGCCAUCAAAAUCCUAAAGAAUCACCCGUCUUAUGCCCGGCAAGGACAAAUUGAGGUGAGCAUUCUGAGCCGACUCAGCACAGAGAACGCAGACGAGUUCAACUUUGUGCGCUCGUACGAGUGCUUCCAGCACAAGAACCACACCUGCCUGGUGUUUGAGAUGCUCGAGCAGAACCUCUAUGACUUCCUCAAGCACAGCAAGUUCAGCCCCCUGAUGCUCAAGUGCAUCCGGCCCGUGCUGCAGCAGGUGGCCACUGCCCUCAUGAAGCUCAAGAGCCUGGGCCUCAUCCACGCCGACCUCAAGCCCGAGAACAUCAUGCUGGUGGACCCCAUCCGCCAGCCGUACCGUGUCAAGGUCAUUGACUUCGGCUCGGCCAGUCACGUGUCCAAGGCUGUGUGCUCUACUUAUUUGCAGUCGCGAUACUACCGUGCUCCAGAGAUUAUCCUCGGGCUGCCCUUCUGUGAGGCCAUUGAUAUGUGGUCACUCGGAUGUGUGAUUGCUGAACUUUUUCUGGGUUGGCCUCUCUAUCCUGGAGCUUCGGAAUAUGACCAGAUUCGCUACAUUUCCCAGACCCAAGGCCUUCCAGCUGAGUACUUGCUGAGCGCAGGCACCAAGACUAGUCGCUUUUUCAACAGAGGACCAGACUCCAGUUAUCCUCUCUGGAGGCUCAAGACACCAGCUGAACAUGAGGCUGAGAUGGGAAUCAAAUCCAAGGAAGCUCGUAAAUACAUCUUCAACUGCCUGGAUGACAUGAUGCAGGUCAACAUGACUAGUCUGGAGGGGACUGACAUCUUGGCAGAGAAGGCAGACCGGCGAGAGUUCAUUGACCUGCUGAAAAAGAUGCUCACUCUGGACGCUGAUAAGAGGAUCACACCUAUGAAGACGCUGAACCAUCCCUUUGUGACCAUGACCCACCUGCUCCACUUCCCUCACAGCUCACACGUAAAGUCCUGUUUUCAAAACAUGGAGAUCUGUAAGAGACGGUGCAGUGCCUUUGACAACGGGAAGAAUCUGUUUGCCUCCAACAACACACCCAGUGCUGCCACAAACCUCACAGUUACCUUCAGCAGCCAACUCAAUCAGCACAACCAGAUGGCCUCCACAGGUGGACAGUCUCUGUCUCUGAGCAGUAACAUGCCUCUGCUGAACUACCAGCCAGGCUUGUACCAGCAGGCCACCAUCAACAUCCCAGGCCUGGCUCAACAGAGCGUUCCCCUGCAGGCGCGCCCCACACAGCUGUGCCCCCAGAAUGAGCCCUUCCAGCAGACCCUCAUUGUCUGUCCCCCGACCAUCCAGGGGCUUCAAACAUCUAGUAAGCACACUGGCUACCCAGUGAGGAUGGACAACUCUGUUCCCUUGGUGUCCCAGAACCAGGCCUCCCAGCCGCUGCACAUUCAGCCGGGCGUGCUCACACCGGGCUUCUGUAACCCACUGAUGAUAGCUACACUGCAGCCGCCCGUGGCAGGGAUGGGCCCCCUCUAUCCGGCGGUCCCUCUUGCGCUGGAACGCGAGGCCGGCUGGCCCGGCAGCCUGGAGCAGAGGGCCACUAUGCUGCAGACCUGGCCAGCAAGCACACAGCAGAUUCUCAUCCCCUCGGCUUGGCAGCAGAUGCCAGGCAUGGCUGUCCAUAGUUCUGGUCAGCAAGUGGUUGGUGAUUCUUCUAUGGGCCCAAUGUUCUCAGAUGGAGGACAGCAGAGUGGCAGUUGGAGGAACCGUCAUGGUGGUCACUUUGAUAGCAGCCAGCAGGAAGCUGGAGGGCGUCGCGUGACCCAGACCGGGGCACAAAACCUAAACAUGGGGACCUCUCACAGCAGAGUUCAGCAGAGCGGAGGCAAGAGGAGCAAGGCCAGACGCACCGAGAGCCGAGCCAGGCCAGUCUCCUGCCUACAGCCUGCUGCUACUCUCGCUCACAACCCUGGAUUCAAUGGGGACCAGUCUCAACCAAUCAUCAUCUCUGAUACUCCUAGCCCAGCUGUCAGCAUCAUCACCAUCCACAGCGACACGGAGGAUGAGGAUGACAGGAAGUUCCCCCCGGCAAGUGUGGACCAGAGGGCCAAUGUCAUCAGCUGUGUGACUGUCCAUGACUCCCAAGACUCUGACUCGUCCACCUGCAGUCCCCUGAGUCCCAAGCGUCUGCCCAACUUUGCGGAGAGCUCCUCUCACCUCUCCGAGUCCACGGCCGUCGUCAUGCCGUCUGUGAAGACCCAGCCUGGGGAGAGCAUGAGGCAGGAUCCAACUACUGACACCUCAGGCAGGGCUAAGAAAGGUACCGCAGCACAGUCCAACAGAUCUGGAGCCUCUAGCAGUGAGCGUCACCAAAGAAGAGCACCCAGCCGAACCCAACCCCUCAACCUGAGUCAGGUCCAGCAGGCAACCAUGUCCUCUCAGGAAUGCUCUGAGAAUGGGCAGAGCAGCAGCUCACUCCGACGGCAGCCCUCCUUCCCGCCUACCAGCAGUGCCGCCAUCAGCUCGUCCUCCUCAGCCUACCGGCUCCACGAGGCCUCGCUCUUUAGCUCGGCGUCCAACCUCUACGCCUACCCGGCGUCCAGCGCGCUCGCCUCCGUCUCGCAGGCCGUGGACCAGCUCCACGCCGCGGCCUCGUCCUCUUCCGGCCGCCACACCCGGCCCUCCGCUGCGGCCGCGGGGCCGUUCUCGGCCUCCCUCAGCCUCCUGCAGAAGAACAACAGUCUGGGCCUCAUGGCUCAGGAGGCAGCGCAGUACCAGCAGCAGCAGCACGCCCAGGCCUACAGCCGCUCCAGCACAGCCCAUGGCCCCUACCACCUGAACCAGAGGAAGCUCAGUCACCAUCAGUACCCCUACCUGUGAUGAGACGGGGCAGCAGUCACCAUCAGUACCCCUACCUGUGAUGAGACAGGGCAGCAGUCACCAUCAGUACCCCUACCUGUGAUGAGACGGGGCAGCAGUCACCAUCAGUACCCCUACCUGUGAUGAGACGGGGCAGCAGUCACCAUCAGUACCCCUACCUGUGAUGAGACACGACAGCAGACAGCGGCUGAAGAGAUGUGGCAAACGUCAGAUGUCAGAUGUUUCACCAACACAUGGUCUGCUUCAUUCUGGCGUACACUGUAGGGACACUGGGACAUUUUAGCUAGAAUUCCCUCCUAAAUAUGAUUUUAUGAGAAUCAUUCUAUUGGUUUUCUUGUUUUGAUUUUUCCUCUGCAAUUGAUUUAAUCCUAACUUUUUAUUUUGAUUUAGCUUAAAGGGGUGGUUCAGGAUUUUGGACAUAGGACCUCAUUUCCAAUUUAUCAGUGGAGACCGUUUUCAACACGUUUCCUCCAGUCCUUCUAGUUGCAGAGUUUGCAGGUGCUAGGCUAGCGCAAGUCAUCAGGAUGUGUUAGCCUGCCACUAAAAACAGUGUUAAUCUCUCCACAGUACACCCGAGGCAAAUUAAUUAUAAUGCCAGACAAUCAAUGUAAAUGUCUAUCACACUUGCUAACUUGGGAAUGAGGUCUUUUGUCCAAAAUCGUGAACCACCCCUUUAAGUGUGCUGUUAACCUCUGUGUGCUGCUCAUUUAUCAACUGACAAAGCCAAUGUGUCCUUCAGAUUUCAAUCAAGUGCUUGUGUGGUGAACUUUGUGACCCAUCGCUCCCAUUAGCCGUGAACAGCACUGCAGUAAGCAUAUUUCCUGAUGAUUUUUGUGUUUAUUUCUUCAAUUUUUGUUUUGAUCUGUACAUCAUAUUGCACCGUAUUAAUCAUGUGUAUCAUGUGCAAUUGGUCAUUGAUUUCACUUUAGAGUUUAAUUUGUAACUAUUUCAAUGUGAAUAUCAUGCAUUUUGUUAAUUGGUAUGUUACUUUGACGUAUUUAUGAUAAUGAUUUUAUUGUGCAUCAUUUGAUGCACAUGUUGGUGGUGGCAUGAAAAAUCACACAGUACUUUUACAGAUGGCUAAAAUAGUGGAACUUUAUUGGGAAAACUGACUGUUGAAGGACGGUGCUGUGUGGACUGGUGCUGUACUGUAUGUGAACUUGUAUGUAUGAAUGUGUGUGUGUGUAUGUUCAAUGUGUGUUGUAGACUUCAGAUUGGAUAGCUCACACUAAAAUGAAUCAUAGAGGACAGAGUCAUAGAGUCAUGUACUACCAAUGAAGUGUUUCCUUCAGUUCAUCCAUGCAAUGAGUAAACACUGCAGUAGGGUAGACUGUGUACAGUUAUGAGGGUGAAAGACCAGCGCAAGUUAUACUGACAUUGUAUGACCGUCACUGAGUUUAAGAUUGUGUCACGUUUCACUUUCCAAGAGCAAUGUGGAGAUUUGUGAAUCAGUUGCUUUUAGCGUUCAGUUACAAUGUGCAGUGACAGUGGUGUGCAACACAAGAAAAUCAGCCGAUGACCUGUAGUCUGUAAACAUCUAUGAAAAUAAAAAAUGAUUUUUUUAGUU